GGUCAGCCGCUGUAAAACAAAAGACAAAACAAACUAAAUUGAAACUCUGCUUUAUAAAGAAGACCGUUAGUUACAUAAAUUUACCUCUCAUCCUCCGCCUUAUAUGUCAACCAUUUUCGUUUUUCUUUCGUUUUUGUUUAUUUUUAAAUUUCCUAAUAUGCACAGCAUCCCAAAUGGAAAAUAUCUAAAACAAUAAAAAAUCAGAAACGGACACGUUAAUCUCAAACUCUUUCAUUUUUCUUUUGUUUGAGAUGAAGGGAGGAUCAGCCAGUUCUGGAGGCACAGAUGCUCCUUCAAAUUCUUCUUCUUCUUCCAGAACCAAGAAACCCAAAUAUUCUAAGUUUACCCAGCAAGAGCUUCCGGCAUGCAAGCCAAUUCUAACACCCGGAUAUGUGAUUAUGAUAUUUACUGCCGUUGGUGUCAUCUUCAUCCCAGUUGGCCUCUUUUCAUUAUUUGCAUCAGAAAGUGUGGUGGAAAUUGUGGAUAGAUAUGAUAUUGAUUGUGUUCCUUCUAAUUAUUCCUCGAAUAUGCUUGCGUAUAUCCAAAGCACUGCCACUAACAAGACCUGCACUAGGAGUUUGAAUAUUACAAAGGAAAUGAAAAGUCCUGUUUUUAUCUACUAUCAGCUUGAUAACUUCUACCAGAAUCAUCGUCGAUAUGUUAAAAGUCGAAGUGACAAACAAUUGCGGAGUAGAAAAUAUGAGAGUGAUACAAAAGACUGUGCUCCUGAGGCCACAUCAAAAGGUUUCCCAAUUGUUCCUUGUGGCCUUACUGCAUGGAGUUUGUUCAAUGACACAUAUGGGUUUUCAGUGAAAAACAAGGCGCUAGAGGUUAGCAAGAAGAACAUAGCCUGGAAAAGUGACAAAGGGCAUAAAUUUGGGUCUGAUGUCUAUCCCAAAAAUUUCCAGACUGGAGAGUUGAUUGGAGGUGGAAAACUCAAUUCUAGCAUACCAUUGAGCGAACAAGAUGAUCUUAUAGUUUGGAUGCGUACCGCUGCACUUCCAAGUUUUAGAAAAUUAUAUGGAAAAAUAGAGGUAGAUCUUCAAGUUAAUGACCAAGUUACAGUCGUAAUCCAGAACAAUUAUAACACUUACAGUUUCGGGGGUAAAAAGAAGGUGGUUCUUUCAACCACAAGUUGGAUAGGCGGAAAAAAUGAUUUUCUGGGCAUAGCAUAUCUUACCGUUGGCGGACUAUGCCUGUUCUUGGCAAUAUCCUUCAUACUUGUAUAUGUGGCCAAACCAAGGCCUCUUGGGGAUCCAACUUACUUGUCUUGGAAUAGAAAUCCAGCAGGCAAUUAGAUUAGCAUUGCCAUAAAAUAUUAUCCGGCGUCCGCAGUUUAUAGAUCA